CAAAGAUUUUUUGGAUAAUUUUGCAAAUUUCCAAAUUCGUUCGCUAAUUAAUAUCUUUGUGUUACGAUGAUAGCAGUAUGCAAAACAAUGGACUGGACCAGGCUUCAUAUCUGACGUAUCUUGUAGAUGAGGCUCUGAGAACAACCAGCCCACACCCUGCUGAACCACCACAACCUUCCCAGGGUCACAACCAGUCUGCUUUUGGUGCUGCUGAGCUUGGUGUGUAUGAGCGGCCUGGGGUGAUUCCAGCCCCACCAUUUGGGCCACCCCAGCAAGCUCCAAUAAACAGGCCUGUAUUCUGGGAUGGUGGUUUAAACAACUCGUUCCGUGUCCAGCAGAACCUUGGCUGGGUUAGCCAGCCACAAGCAGACGGUUCCCAGUUCAAUAAUUGUAUUCAAGUUCAGAGUAGCUUUGGAGAGGAGGACCGAUUCUCUGUCCAACCUCGGACAAAUUACCAACCAUGUGGGGACAAUUUAGAACCUAGCCAGAUCAUCUCGUCAAGUAAUAGUGUAAGACAGUCAAACUUAUAUUCUGGUGACAUUGGAUUGUACAGAAAUGAUUACACUCAGUUCAAUAUUACUAAAAAUAAUGCUGAAGAGGGCAAAAAUCAAAACAGUUUGAACCUGUUUGAACCGCAUGCUUUAACAAGACCAGACUAUGAAACGUCUUUGACUCAGAAUGGUGUAAAUUCAGAAUUUCUACAAUUACCUGUAUCUGUGGGUAACCCAACUGUCAGUAGUGUGUCAGCUAAUGCAAGCUUUAAUCCUCAUGUCGAAGAAAAUGAAUACUUUCAGUUUUUGCUAGCCAAAAGUGCAGGUUUAAGAGCAAAAAAUUCAAAGAGUACCAAAUCCGUCAAAAAUUUAAAAAGUAGUACACCAGAACAAAACAGCAGUGAUAGUUUUACCUAUAGAAAUGAAAGUGCAGCAAGACAAAAUAGAAACAAUGGUUUAGAAGACCGUCUUUCAGCAAAACAGAGGGUUGAUUUCAGAAAUAUUGUCGUUGAUGCAGAAAGUGUGAAGAAAAUUAAUGAAUGUAAUGAUUACUUCAAGGAGUUUAUGAGUAAAUCAAGGAAACAGAAAGAAAUAAAUGAAAUGGCUCAGGAUAAUAACUCGGACAAAAGAAAGAAAAAUGGAAAGUCGGCCAGAGCUAGGAGUAAAAACAAUGGUCUAUCAAUUGAGCUGAUGGAUUUGACUUUCCAAUGUGCAGAGUGUGAUACAUCUUAUAGUGCUGUCGAUGAGCUUGAAAAACAUAUCAAAGAGACUCAUAUUGAUGCUGAUGAUAAUGGUAAAGUUACUGAUGACGUGAAUAAUGAAAAUGGGGCAGUUAAUGAUGUUGUUGAUUUGGAGAAUAUGGACAAGGAAGAUGGUGCUAUUGAGUCAGUUGGUGAAAUAUUAAGACUGGAUAGAGAUGCAAUUGAAGAGCCGGAAUCAUUUAUGUGUACUCUUUGUGCUGAUGUGUAUGCAUCUCAAGCAGCUCUUGAUGAACAUUGGAAAGUACAUGAAGCUGAACAAGAUACUAACACUAAUCACUCAGAAGAUGUGAAUCUGUUAACAGAUAAAAGAUGUCAAGAGCGGGAAUAUCUGAUUGAAAGCCAAUUGCUAGCAAAACGAGAAAAGGCCAGGAGAGAUAAAGAGGAAUUGGAAAGGAUUGCUUGUGAAAACUUAGAGGAAAUUGUAGAUAUUGAUGUACUGGAAACAGCGUCUGACAGAGUUGGGGAGUCUCUUCAAUAUGACAGAAAGAGAUCAUCAAGUAAGGCAACUGUUAGGAAAGUGGGAAGACCUGGUCCUAAAUCUCAUAAACUCAGACAUGAAACUACUGAAGAUGAUCUUGAUAAUAAAGUGGCAAGACCUGGUCCUAAAUCCAAUAAACUCAGACAUGAAACUACUGAAGAUGAUCUUGAUAAUAAAGUGGCAAGACCUGGUCCUAAAUCUCAUAAACUCAGACAUGAAACUACUGAAGAUGAUCUUGAUAAUAAAGUGGCAAGACCUGGUCCUAAAUCCAAUAAACUCCAACUUGAAACUACUGAAGAUGAUCUUGAUAAUAAAUUGGCAAGACCUGGUCCUAAAUCCAAUAAACUCAGACAUGAAACUACUGAAGAUAAUCUUGAUAAUAAAGUGGCAAGACUUGGUCCUAAAUCCAAUAAACUCAGACUUGAAACUACUGAAGAUGAUCUUGAUAAUAAAGUGGCAAGACUUGGUCCUAAAUCCAAUAAACUCAGACUUGAAACUACUGAAGAUGAUCUUGAUAAUAAAGUGGCAAGACCUGGUCCUAAAUCUAAUAAACUCAGACACAAAUUUACUGAAGAUAAUCUUAAAAAUGAAGUGACAAGACUUGAUCCCGAAUCUCAUAAACUCAGACACGAAACUAAUGAAGAUGAUCUUGAAAACGUUGAAGAAGACAUAGACAUAAGAAGGUCUAAACCAGGUCCAAAAUCUAAAAAAAGAGAAGUGAGAGACUGUAAAAGUAAAAGAGAGAAAAAAUGUGGUAUGGAGCUAGAAAAGACAUCUAACAAUAGAAACAGUAGGGAGAGGUCAGUUGGGGAUGAGGAAGGAACAUGCCCCAUAAAAGAGACCAGAACAUCUCGUGCAAAGAAUGUUUUACUGAACCCAAGCAAAGGCAAGCAGAAACGAGUGCUGUCUCCGAGAACAAAAGAAGAUGAAAUGUUGAUGAGACAGUUUGGAAUAAUUCCUAGCAAAGUUUGUCUUAGCAAGGUGGAAGACUCAAAUGACUCAAGCUCAAGAGACAGUGUUGACAGUGGCGCAAGGAGAAGGUCAAAAUCUAGAACGCCAAAGAAAAAUACUGUUACUGCAUGUUGCUCUUUUAAAAGUUUGAAUAGAAGGUCAAAAAGCACAUCCCCACCAGUGUCAGGAAAUGGUCAGAAAUUGUCAGUAUUGUCUGCCUCUGAUUCAGGAAUUACAGUUGAUUUUAGUGACGAUGAGAAUGAUGAUGUUAUUCUAAUUGAACAACCUGUAGAGUGUAUAGUACUUGAUGAAGACUUGCCAUUGAAACUUGAUAAUACUGAGCAAGAAAGCAAUAGAGACAAGACAGCUGUGAGAAAUUUGUCAAAAAGUUUAGGAGCCACAUGUGCAUCAACACUGAAAAAGAAUGAUGAUGCAGACUUAAUGAAAAAGUAUGGUAUUAAGGGUUUAUCAGUGAAUCUUUCACCAUCCAAAAGGAAAUUGUCCGGUCCAAAUAUGUCCCCAGUGAAACAUCGAAAGCAUGAUAAUUUACCACAGGUAGAGCAAGUGUCUCCGCCCAACGUAGAAAAUCUAUCUGAUGAAGAGAUGGAAAAAUUGCUUCAUCAGUGUGGAAUGGCUAUAUCAGUUUCUAAACCAGAUAACAUAAGAUCUAGUCCAAGAAAAAGGCAAGCUAGUCCAGAACCCUGCACUUCAAAAGGCCAUGGUCAGCUUAAACGUAAGAAAACAGCAAGAAAGUCUUGCAAUGAUGAAGAUCUCAUUAAGAAAUUCAAACUUAAGGAAUCGUCUGUCCAGUUAGAAAGUUUGUCGAAAAUUGAGGUUUCCAUGUUGAGGAAUCCUCAUUCAAGGUUUGGGAAAAGCUCGUGGCUGCAGCACAAGUUUGAUACAGAUUCAGAGAGUGACUUGGAAUGGGACAUACCUUCUCCAGUGAAUUUGGAGGAAUUUGUUGAAGAUUCAGAGACCCAUAGUCAUGAUGCUACACAAGACACAUUAAGUUAUUCAGACAAGGAUGUUAAUAGGUCAGCAGAAAAGCUUGAUAAAGAAUUAAUGGAUAAAUUUGGUCUUUCUGAAGCAAUGGUUUUAAUGGAAGGCCCAGUAUUAAAUACAGCUCAAGUCAAAAAGGCUAGCGGUAUUUCUGAUGAAGCUCUGCUAAAAAAGUUUGUUAUUACAAAUCCAAAGAUAUGUGUAGGAAAUGCUGCACAAAAAUCAAAGUCAAAUAUUAGUGACAGUGAGCUUUUAAAACAGUUUGGAAUACCAGAAUUAAUUGUGGUUGCAGAUUUAGUUGAUGAUGGGUAUUCCCAACACAAGGUUAAGGGAUCUAAGUCAUCAAGCUCAAUACCUUAUCAAUUCAGUGUUGAAGAGCUAAGAAAAGGGCUUAGAAGUGCCAAUAUGAACUUUGAAACUGGACAGAGCAAAGGCAAGAAAUCAGUUACUCCAGGUAAAAUCACUCCCAAAAGAAGUGGUAAAGGUAUCAAGAAGACCCCUAGUAAACAGACUCCAAGUAAAAAAUCUUCAAUAAAAAGUGCUAAAAAAAUCAAAAAUACUCCAUCAAAAACUCCAGUUAGACCAGCUGGAGAGCCAACUAUGUUGUGCAAUCUACCAAAACUGAAACCACCUCAAGGACGUCUUGAGUCUCAAACAAGCUUACAAAAUCCUGACUUGUCCAAAGAUUUAUCAUCUGCUAAAAUGAAUAUGAAAAGCACCCCUGCAAGAAGUUCUCCAUUUAAGUCUCCAGGAAGAAAUGCUCAACUCCUGAAGAUGAGAACCACACCACUUGCUGUUAAAACAAGCAGAGCAAAGAUGGCAUUAAAAUUAGUUGGUAAGGUCAAGGAAUCAAUUAGAAAAGGCCCUGUGAAAGCUGAAGGAUAUAAAGACUGCAUAAGUAGCAAGAUAUCUGGACUACCAGAUUUGAAAGUCAGUGUGUCAUUGUUGUCAGCAGAAGAUAUAGAAAAGUAUACUUCAAGAGCUCAGAAUAAGUUUGAAUCUGCUAAACACAUUGUGAAAAGUAUCGUUGAGGAGCUGGUCAAUAAUGUCUGUAAAACAAUUGAAAGCAAGGACAUUAGUGAUGAUGAUCAUUUCAUAGCUACAGAGAACGAAGCUGACUACUUAAAGGCUACUACAAAACACUGGAUGGAAAACAUGGACAAUUUGCCAGACUCUGAAAAGGAUAGGGUAAUGGGUAGUGAAAUUACUGAAGACAAGAGGGAGGGCACUGACAAUCAUGACAGCAAACGUGAAGAGUCUAGAACUGAUGAGGAGGUGAACGAAGAUCAUGGCAUAUUAAAUAAUGGAAACCAGGUACAAUGGGCUUGUGAAAAUGAAGAUGCAAUAAAGAAAGCUAACAAUGAUAUUGAGAAAUCUCAGGACAAACUUAAACAUGAAAGCAGAAAGUUUAUUGACAUUGGAAAAGCUGUUGUGCAGAUAGGCAGUGACCUAGAUGAAGAUGGUUGUGAUUGUGCCGAUGAAGACAGGAAUGACUAUGAGUUUUCAGAAGGUACAAGUGCGGAUGAGAUUGGUAAAAAAGAAGAUAAUGAUGCAGAAUAUGAAGAUGAGGUUGAUGGUCAAGAUGAUUAUAAACAAAGUCUUGAGAAUGAUAUUAAUGAAACUGUGAAUGUGAAACAUCCUUUUGAUGGGAAAGAAAUUGGGCAAGGAGAUGGUAUUGAAACAAAUGAAAAUGAGAUUGGCACAAUUCAGAUGAUAACAAAUGUCUUGGACCAGGAGAAACAACAAGACAGCCUGGAGGAUGGUAUUGGUGAAGACAAUGAAGAAAAAAUUAUAAGAGUGUCUGAAGGAAGAGUGGUGCUCUCUGGGGCGAUUCUUGACACAGGCGGUAAUACGGUGAUUGGUGAAGUGUAUGACAGGGAAGCAUCAGACAAAAAUAACAAACAGCUGCGGAAAAAUGGACCUGAAGAUAUGAAAGAUGCAGUAGCAGAAAUGGAUGACAAGUUUGCAUCUGUGGAAAAAAGUAAAAUAGCCAGUGUCCAAGGACCAAAUGAUAUCAUUGAAACUUUGAAAGAAAAUUAGCUUUUUUCAAUGAUAUUUGUUUUGACAUUUUGGUGCCAUGCUUUAAUGAUUGCAUUUAGAAAAACAAUUUUCAAUCAUUUGACAUUUUGUUUUUCUUUAAAAAUCAUUAUUUGGAUGAUUAAUCUUUGUUGUUAUGGUAAUUAUUACAAUAAUUGUAUUGUCAUAAUUUCAAAAAUCAUUAAUUAAUAUCGAAAUGUCCCAAAAUAUUGCCUGAGUCAAAUUGUGCAUCAUCAUGUAGUCUAACUUCAUUUUAGUGUAAUAAAUUAUAAUAUAGGGUUUUAGCUAAGGAGUUUCUGGAUUGUGCUGCAUCAUGCCCAUUUUUGGUAGCAUCCCUUGCCUUUAUGGAUACUAGCAUGUGUACCCUUCUGCCUUCAUAGAAUUAAUUGCGUAAGAUUAUCAGAUAUUUCUUAUGUAAUGAUUAUGAACACAUUCAGACUUUACAUAUUAGGCAGUUGGAACCGAAAUUUACUUCAAAAUUUCUGACUCAGUGUGCCCUUUUGUCCCUUGUCCCUCUUCUGCAGCACCCUGUCCCUCUUCUGCAGCACCCUGUGCCUCUUCUGCAGCACCCUGUCCCUCUGUCCCUCUUCUGCAGCACCCUGUGCCUCUUCUGUCGCACCCUGUCCCACUUCUGCAGGACCCUGUGCCUCUUCUGCAGCACCCUGUCCCUCUUCUCAGCACCCUGUGCCUCUUCCAGCACCCUGUCCCUCUUCUGCAGCACCCUGUCCCUCUUCUGCAGCACCCUGUCCCUUUUCUGCAGCACCCUGUCCCUCUUCUCAGCACCCUUGUCCCUCUUCUGCAGCACCCUGUCCCUUUUCUACAGCACCCUGUCCCUCUUCUCAGCACACUGUGCCUCUUCUCAGCACACUGUGCCUCUGUUGCAGCACCCUGUCCCUCUUCUGCAGCACCUAGUCCCUCUUCUGCAGGACCCUGUCCCUCUUCUGCAGAACCCUGUCCCUCUUCUGCAGCACCCUGUCCCUCUUCUUAGCACCCUGUCCCUCUUCUGCAGCACCCUGUCCCUCUUCCUCUUCUGCAGCACCCUGUCCGUUAUAAAAUCUGGCUUCAACCCUAUAGUAAAAUACUGUAAUAUAUAUGUACUUUCAGGGCCAUAGCUUGCAAAAAGAUGUUAAGGCAGACACUUUUUUCCCCAAAACUGAAAACCUAGUACUUCCAAUAUACUUGGAUCAUAGGUUUUAUUGGCGGAUUAUGUUAAACUGUAAUGAAGGGUACAACCCCCAAAGAACAAGGCCUUCAAACUUUUUUCAGGCAAGAUAUACAUAGGCACCUGACUUUAAAUGUUCAUUGUUAAAUUGUAGAUUUGUCUGACACCCACCAAAGUGCUUUGUACUUUUUAUAGUCGGUCAGUCUCCAAUGUGUUCAAAGAUUUUUUUUUAAAAAUGAGACUAUUUGUCUUGAGUGUAAUAUUAAAAACUGUUCAACAGAUUUUCACCAGCUUUAAUUUUCAUCAUCAUCAUCAUCAUCAUCAUCAUCAUCAUCAUCAUCAUCAUCAUCAUCCACAAUCUGUACAUCAACAUGUACAUGCAAUUAAAUUGCUUGCAUCGAGAUAAUUUAUAACCCCCCCCCCCCCAAAUGUUGCUUACUCAAGAACUUGAAUAUCUAUUUUGAUACAUGUAUUUAAUCAUCAAAUUUAUACUUUUGUCUGAACAAGCCUGAAUUCAUCAAACAUUUAGUAGUGCUUGGCAUCAAAAUCAUAACAAACCCUCCUGCAUGUGUUUAAAAUCCGGAAUAUGAAGAAGCCCAUUUGGCAUGGCUUGUUUCGACCACCAUGUAUUGGUGUAGUACUUUUUGACUGUGCCAUAUAGAAUGAUAGUUUCAGUUUCUUGUUCAUGUUUUUGUUAAUAAUGAGAUUUGUCUUUCCUGCCGCUCUGUAUAAGAUGUUUUUGCUAUUCAUAUUUGUUUGAUAUUGUAGCAUACAUUUGUCAUACAGGUUUUUGAUAAUUACAGGGGAUAUGCUAAUAGACAUUUUUAGCUUAUCAUUUUUUCUAAGAAAAAAAUCCAGGUAUUGUGAUAGUCAUGUUGUUGUUCUUGUUGUUGACAAUGUGUUCAAAGACACAGGCAUUAGUGUUUUCUCCAUGACUCUCUUGUAUUUUAAAGUUUUGAUAUUUAUAAUAGGGACUUUUAACAGAUCGUUAUCUUGGAUUACAAUGUUUGACCAUUUUGUAUCAAAUUUAUUCUUGCAACAGUGCAAAUCUCAGUGAAAUCUAGCAACAUUUCAUUUAUACUCAGUUGUGUUUAGAAAAUCUAUUUGCUCAUUGGCCAAGAAAAAUGUGGUCAAUUAUAAAUGAUAAUAUAAUUUUUUGUCAUAAAUCAUAUUUCUAAAUCACUAUAUUGAAUCAUUGUUCAUGUUUAUAUCAUUUAAAAAGGCUUAUCAGGUGUUUUUGAGUAAAUUUAUGGAAUUUUUGAAGAAGUGUACUUUUUGUAUUUUUUUCGUAUCAUAUUAUGAUUUACAUUUAUAAGGCAUAAAAGAAAAUGUGUUUGUUUCUGGUUUUCAACCUACGCUAUUUCUUUCCCCGACCCUAAACCUUAUUAUUUCAUCGAGAAUUAUGUUUUUUGUCUUUUGUUUGAUUUUUUUCUGAAGUUACCCUAUAAGUUAAAAUUGAAGUGUUUUGGGCUUUAACAAUACCAGCAAUGCUAUGCUGAUUGUAUAGAUGUUCAUAAGCUUAUAGGUUAUAGUUUUUAGUAUCAGAAAAAAAUCAAGAAACAAUUACAAAUUGGCUUAUAAAAACAAAGAAAAGGUUUUCCGACCAACCUACCCAAAUUUUGGGCGUAUCAAACCGGAAACAAACAUAAUUUUGUUAUGCCUCAGUAUAUAAUGGUUGAUUUUGACCAAUGGGAAGGCAGUAAUUUUCAAAGUAUUUGGCAUUAUAUUUUCAUACUGAUCAACGCUUUAUUUGCUGUACUUACGGUCGUUUACGAUGUUAUAUAUUUGUCGUUUUUAUAAAAACUGUAAUGUUAUAGUUUGUCCCAAUCAUUUAAAGCUGCACUCUCACAGAUAGAGCAUUUUGAUAACUUUUUUUUUUUAUCUUCGAACGAGCCGAUUUUUGCAAAAAUACAUGGAAACCAAUUAUAAAAAAUUAUAUCACAGAUUUUUAUAUUUAAGUUAAAAAAAAUUGAUGUUUUGCAUUUUUCUUAAACUGUUAGUAAUGGUUUAAGCCAUAAAACAUUAAUUUUCAAACAGAAAUAUGAAAUACUGCAAUCUGAUCUUUUGUCAGCAAUCUUUUAUCAUUGAUUUGCAGAUAUUUAUGCAAACAUUUGCUCUUUCCAAGACAAAAAAAAUUAAAGUUGUAAAAACAGUAUAUCUGUGAGAGCGCAGCGUUAAAGCCAUUUGGCUAAUGAAUAUCAUAAAACAUAACAUUUGAAAUUGAUUGUGCACUGGAAGUCUUAAAGUGACACUCUUAUUCAAAAUCAAUACAUACACAUGUAUAACACACAUCAAUUUUGAAUAAUUAACCUUCAAGAACUUACUUAAUAAUGCAUUUAUGGAAAAUAUGAAUAACUGAUAACAAGAUUUUAACCGUUUAUUUUAUAGCAGAAAGCGCAAAAAAUAUUAAAUGAUUGGUGAAUGCUAAAAGAUUUAUUGUGAUCUACUAUAUUUUCAUAAGGUAGAAAUACCGUAUUUUUUGCUCAUUUCUUUCAAAUUAAGCUCGGUAUCCUUUACAAGGACCAUUGUGUUCGAAAUUUAUUCAUCUUUUUUUUAAUAUUAAAAACACAUUAUUAAUUGUGGUAAACCUUGUUUGGGAGUAAGAGUGCAUCUUUAAAACAUUUUUGUAUUUCAUAGGAGGGAAAUCACUGAAAAGUCCAAAUAUUUAUUUUUCUUGCUGCAUUUACCAUGUCUUGCACAAAUGUGUGUUCAGGGAUGAAGAAGUGAAGUUCAAAUGGUUAGAAGCCAGUGAGGCGGAGCUUUAUAAGUAGCCACAGUAAUUUCAAUCAUUAUUUAAGGUAUCAUUUAUUUGUGAAAGGAUUAAUUCAUCUGGCUGCGCCUGCCUUGAUCAUUUGAUGUUUCCAUACAGACCUGCAAAUAAACAAUAAACCUGUACUUUAAAUUAUACUACCAGGUUAUAAGAUGAUGGCAAAUAAUUAUCAGGAGUGUGUACAUGGUUAGGCCUAAAAAAAAAAUACAUUUGGUUCGGGUUACCCGACCCUACCUACGGAAUAGGCGCCGACCCUAACGUUUUUAUAGUCAGUUUGAAAAAAAUAUUGAAAAACUAAAAUAAAAAAAAUAAAAAAAAAUCUUUUUUUUUUGCUUUUCAAUAUGUAGUUUAAAACCUUAAUUGCUUAUAUAGAAGAUAACUUUAACACCAUUCUCCAAUGAUGAAAAUGACAUUCUUAAAUAAAGCCUAAAAAAAAAAAAAAAAAAAAAAGCCUACCUCCUCUACAAAGCCUACCUCCUCUACCUAUUUUUGAAAAGGAUGUAACCCUAACCAAACAAUUAUUUUUUUUAGGCCUUACUAUAUAUGUUGUGGAAAAUAAUGUUAUAAAUACAAGCAUAAUACGAUAAUUACAGCCGUUGAUUAAUUAGUUAAUGUUUUUAUAAUGUUACAUUUGUAGUUUUGUUUCCAGUUUCAUUUUUAAAGCCUUUAUAUAAUAUAUUAGCCUUCGAACGAACGACAAGGAUUCAUUUCUUUGUGCAACAAUCUGUUAUCAACCAGUAUUAUGUUUUCAAUAUUAAAACAAGAAAUAUUUACAAAGGUAAUACACAAACUGAUAACUUAAUUACAUGCAUUGUUUUUUUGGCUAAUAUAAGAUAUCAAAGUAUUCUAAUUUUUGAUGCCUAUCGACCCUAUAUCAUGUUGCUUUUAUUUGCAACGUUUUGGCAUGUAGAUUAAGAAAAUGUUAUGAAAGAAACUGAAAAUACAUUAUUUUGGCAUCAAAAAAUUGUAAAAUAAGGGCUUUGAUGCCUGAUUUCGGGUUAAAUACUGAGAAACAGAGAAACAACAGAUUGACCUUGAAUUAAUUUUUAGUUUUUAGUUAUCAAAUUAGUUAUAUCAAGCAGAACCCUUUCAAAGGAUACCCGGUGCUUUGUACAUUCAGGUAGUAUAAGAAAAACUGCCAACAAACAAAAUUCUUCUUUUUUGAAGUUGAAUUUUAAAGCAAACUUACACUGUUUUACAUCAAAAAUAUGAAGAAGAAAAAAUAUCCAAAUUGUAAAUGAAUAAAUUUGAUGAAAAUUUGAGGUUAUAUUGAAAUAAACAUUUUUGAAAAUUCCAAAAAUGAUCAUUAGAAAGCUUCAGGUAUACAGCCCCAGAUCUACAUGUAUAUGGGGUCACCAGCCAUCUUAAUUUAGCAGUGCAUUAUUGCCAAUUAGGAAUUUGUGAUGACAAGCUGAAUUGUACUAUAUCUUUAUAGAUGCACUCUCACUAAAAAAAAUGUUGUCUUGGAAAGAUCCAAUUUUUGCAUAAAUACCUAACAACCAGUGAUAUAAGAAUUAAUGCUGACAAAAGAUCGAACUGCAGAUUUUCAUGUUUUUGUUCGAAAAUUAAUGUUUUAUGGCUAAACGUGUAACUAACACUUGAAGAAAAUAUGCAUAAAACAUCAAGUUUUGAACAUAAAUAUAAAAACCUUAGAUCUGAUUUAUGUCAGAAGUCAUAAAUCACAUGUUUCCAUGUAUUUUCAUAAAAAUUGGCUUGUUCCAAAAUCCAAGACAAGACAAAAAAGUUUUCAAAACGUUCAAUCUGUGAGAGUGCAGCUUUAAAACAAUGUCGGUGGGGGGGGGGGGGGGAGCACUCGUACAGUUUGGCAAAUACCACGUACAGUUUGGCAAAUACCACGUGACACCUAAAUGGCUUAAAAUACUUAUUUUAAUAAACACAUAGAUAGUAUAAAAACAAUAAUCAUGAACAGUUUAAUUGUUAAACUUCUGUUAAUUGUGUUCAUAGAUUAUGUGUGUCUAAAAGGCUAGUUCAUUUGUGCAUUUUAUUAUUUCUUUGUUGUUUAAGAAAUAUGUUAUGAUUUGUUUCACGUGUAUGCUUCGUAAUGUGUUCAUUUUUAUGCGACGGAUGUACAUGAUAAUUUUGUAUUUGAUCAUAAAAGUUAAUUACUUGUGGCAUGGUAUAAAACAUAUUGUAAUUGUUCGGGAUUUGUUCAUAAGUGCUAAUUUGAUGUUGAUUAUUUUCAAUAAAUAAAAAGAAUGAG